AUGCGUACCGUUACUGACCAAUAUUUACAGAUCAACACUAUCAAUAAAGCUGAAGGAUUAGAAUGCGACCUCCUGGCGAAAUGUGAGUUUUUCAACGCGGCUGGUUCCGUUAAGGACCGUAUUGCCAAGCGAAUGUUUGAUGAGGCGGAGAAGAGUGGGAAAAUCAAGCCCGGAGACACUAUCAUAGAACCAACUAGUGGUAACACAGGUUUGGGACUGGCUCUAUGCGCCGCUGUGAAGGGAUACAGGUGCAUAAUCUGCCUACCCGAGAAGAUGAGUAACGAGAAGGUCGACACUCUUAGAGCCCUGGGCGCCGAGAUUGUCAGAACUCCCAACGAUGCCUCUUUUGACUCUCCAGAAUCUCACAUCGGGGUUUCCAUGCGUUUGAACCGCGAAAUUCCCAACUCGCAUAUCCUGAACCAGUACGACAAUGAGUACAACCCUCUGGCGCACUACGACACCACCGCAGAGGAGAUUCUCGAGGCGUGUGGGGGUAAGGUAGAUAUGCUGGUAGCCGGUGCCGGUACUGGCGGUACAAUCACAGGUAUCGCCCGUAGGCUGAAGGAGGUGUGUCCCGAUGUCAUCAUCGUGGGUGUUGAUCCGGUUGGGUCUAUUCUGGCACAGCCGGCGAGUCUGAAUGUCGAUGGGCCAAUGUACCAAGUAGAAGGCAUUGGAUAUGACUUUAUCCCCAACUCCUUGGAUCGAAGUCUGGUCGAUAAGUGGUACAAGUGCACUGAUAAGCCCAGUCUUAUUAUGGCGAGACGGAUGAUAAAGGAAGAAGGUCUGUUGUGCGGCGGUUCAUCCGGCGCCGCCAUGGCGUGUGCUAUCGAGGCCGCUAAAGAACUGAAAGCGGGACAGAAGUGUGUGGUGAUGCUGCCCGAUGGUUUGCGCAACUACAUGUCUAAGUUUUUGAACGAUGAAUGGAUGUAUGAGAAUGGAAUCAUGGAGAGGGCUGCCAAAGAGUCUGAGGUUGAUAGGUUUAAUGGUGCGACGGUGAAAGAUCUGGAUCUGCCCGUGCCCGUGACUGCUGCGCUUACCUCCACCUGCGGAGAGGCUGUCGAGGUGUUAAACAAGCACGGCUUCGACUAUCUUCCGUUGACGGACGUGGAUGGAAAGAUUCGCGGUCUGGUCACCGAAGGUCAGCUACUAGCCGCACUCACACAUGGACGUUGCACGGUCAGUGACCAUGUAGAGAAGUGCAUGCUGCACUUCAACACGAAGAAGAAAUUUGAGGUUAUCAAACCUGAUACGCCACUCAAAUCGCUGGAGAUGUUCUUCGAACACCAUCACAUUGGCUUCACAACCGACGACUCUGGAAACCUAGCCGGUGUGAUGACAAAGAUCGAUGUGCUCAAAUUCCUGGUGAAACAAAAUUAAUAAAUGAAUGCCUUGAUAGUGGAAUUUUUCCAUUCACAACGCUCUGAUAGGAUCGA